GGGAGGAGGGGGGGAGGGAGCGGACUCUCCGUGAAGAUGCAGGAACCUUGCCCUUGUUGAUAGCUAUGGAGCAUAUCCGACUUCUCCAACCACCGGCAGCUUUGGGCUUCUUGGAAAGAGAUAUGAAUGCAGCCGUGUUCCCAGGCGGCUUCAACUUUCUUGGGUUGCGGUUCCGCGUCGUCCCACAUUUUCCCUUUCCCUGCCAUGCGACUUCAACCGUCCCUCGUCCGUCUAAGCGAACCGCCAGUAUCAGCGGGAUACACCAGGUCGAAGCUUCACCUACCCCCCCCAUAAACUCCAUGCGGCUCCCUGGCACUUCUUGCUCUUCGCUGCGCUCUUCAGUUUGGUGUUGUCGACCCGAGGCGAGGGGUGUUUGUUUCGAGGGUUGUCAGCAGCCCAGCUUGACACACACAUGACCUUGAACUCGGACGGUUAGGUCGACAUCACAACAAGGCAGUUCCCAGACUGUUCACUCGCUUGUAAUCAUCCUCGAACCGUUGUAGUCUUCGAAUCCCCCCCCUCUUCGGCAACCCACCUCCCUUACCGACCGCAAGCCCGAACGUCACCGACUGCGACCGACCCGAUAUUGACCACCCCCUCUGACCAUUGUUUUCUCGAACUUCUGGCGUACAUUUUAUGCUCGGGUUGUGUAUCCACGGAGAACCUGCGAGCAGCGUACAUUGAUUAGCUCACUGGACACCGCCCCUCCAAUAGUGCAAACUUGACCCUCUAUCUCGAACGAUCGACGACACCAAUCUCCAGCAAGGUUCACUCUCAUCAUCCAUCGCCAUGAAGCGAUCUGUGACAGACCGGUCGUGGAGGCUGCCUCUACAGCUGAGGCGGCAGGCCAUGCAUCGACGGACCUCCUCAGACUCGUCAGAAGCAUCCCUCUGCUCUCGCGCAUCAUCGAGCUCCGAAGAUCAGUUUGCCUUCUCGCCAGCUACCGAGAACCCGCCCACUCGAAGUGUUACAUCCAACUUCACGGCUUCCCUUGACAAGACUGCCGAUAUCAACUCCGAGGCCCGUUUCUCCGCCGAUGUGGCAGGUCCAUCAGUCGACACGCCCCAAGGAAGUUCGAGCAGCAAAAGCAGGCCAAUUGCCAUCGAGAUUCCAUCCUUUCGCAGACACGAUACCGUUACGGGUGUGGACGCUUCGCUUCCCCCGGCCCCCUUGUCAGGACGAGGUGAUAUCCCUGGAGGAUACUUCCCUCUCCACGAAGAUCCCCAAUCCCGGGUCACUAUUCCCCAUCCGUUCCACAACGACGCCGACAUGGCCAGACAAUACUCCUGGCAAAAGGCUGCCGAGUCCACGACCAACCGGGCGGCGAGCCCCUUGUCCAUGAGCGUGAGCACCUCGAUCAGAAACGAAACUGAUCACUUUCCCUUUUCCGAGCGCUCGAAAACAACUGCGCUCACUGCUCACGUCCCCGCAACGUCGUAUAUCCCAACGGGCCACCACGAUGCCAUUGCCUUACCUCUUGGAAAAUACUACCCCACGAACUGGGAGAGACGCCACGGCAGGAGUUCCCAGCAGCAGCGGCCCUCGACACCGGCAAAGCCCGCUUCCUCGGCUGGCCACGAGUCUCCGGGGCAAAAGCUGCGUCGGGAACAAGGGCAUGCCCGAUCCGGCUCCGAAGUCAGACGCCGUAUCCAACAGUACCAGCGUGACAUGGUUGCGCAGGCCACGAUGGCUGCGAGGUCGGUGGUAGCCAACGGUGCUGCUCUCCCAGCAGCCGUCGGAGGGCCUGAUGGGUUCUUGGUUGCCAGUCAGUUGAGGACGAAGCCGAAAUCCCCUCGUCUGGCGCCGCUCGGCAGUCCCGGACCCGUCACCCCAAUGUCCCUGGAGGGCGAGGACAGCGGUUACCUGACACUCGGUCGACCCAUGACAGGUGCCGAUGCCGAGCGUCAAGCCGCCGAGCUGGAAAAGGCCAUGCGUGCCGACGAGGCGAGACGGAACAACUCGCAUUCUUCACUAGGCGCUCUGUCUGUGUAAAAAAAAAACAUCCUUUUUCAUCGCAUAGCUUUUGGCUUAUUUCAUUUGCUGGUUCUGGACACUGCUUAUGCAUCAUCAUCACUUUGCACAUCGUCGGUGACACCAAAAAAAAAAAAAAAAAAAAAAAGGGGCACAAACGGAAAAAAAGAAAAAAGGAUUUUUCUGGUUGUUUUUUUUGUUUCACAUCAUUGAUACCCCCCCCCUUUUUAACAGAGAACAAUAGAGCGCGCGGCCGCGGCAACCGCGGGACUGAAACGGAAACAGGCAGG